GACGACUCAUUGGUACUGCUAGCGGAACACAAGCCCCCAUAUUGAGCUUGGCUGCGAGCAGAACGGUUGUAGUAAGCUGCACAUACCCAGGGAUGGUCUUCCUUUAAUGCAUUUCAAUUAGACACAGAUGGUAAGGGUACAGUAGGGGUUUUAUUUAGGAACAGUGCACCAUAACUUGUUGAGAGAUGUCGACGCGGUCGGAGAGAGAGAAAGCCCAGAAACUGAAUGAGCAGCAUCAGGCCAUUCUGUCCAAAAUGCUCCGAGAGGACGACAACAAGCACUGCGCUGACUGCGAGGCUAAAGGUCCGCGAUGGGCGUCGUGGAACCUGGGGGUCUUCAUGUGUAUCCGCUGUGCUGGCAUCCACAGGAACCUGGGGGUCCACAUCUCCAGAGUCAAAUCUGUCAACCUGGACCAAUGGACCCAAGAACAGAUCCAGAGUAUGGUAGACAUGGGGAACAACAAGGCCAAACAGCUGUACGAAGCCCACCUCCCAGACACCUUCAGACGUCCACAGACCGACCAAGCAGUAGAGUUCUUCAUCCGGGAUAAGUACGAAAGGAAGAAAUACUACGACCAGAACGGCCUCAAAACAGCUUCAAAGUCGUCUGAUGCCGCUGCCUUCUCUACCUCUCCCGCCUCACAGGCUGCUGAGAAGAACAGACAGGAGAAGGAACGAGAGAAGAAGAAGAGAGAAAAGGACCCGGAGAAAGUGAACAGACCAAGCUCCUCUGAGAAGAAGAAGGUGGAGCUUCAGACAGACCCCAGAGCCAAUCCCAGGAGGACCCCUGAGCCGGCCAUCGACCUGCUCGGCCUGGAUGCAGGUGGAGCUGCAACCAGUUCUUCUGCUGCACCAGUCAGUGAUGAGGACAUCUUUGGUCCAAUGGUGUCCAACCCUCUGCCCUCCUCCAACAACACUCAGGCGGUCUCCAGUGCAGCCCCAGGCGCCCCAGCAGUAGCGGCGUCCGCGGGGGGAUCAGGGGGUGCUGCUGGCCCCCAGGCUAAUCUGGACCUCUUCAGUGAGAAGAACAGUAGCAGCACCAAGACGGAGGAGGGGGCCAAGAAACCCCUCUCCAAGGACUCCAUCCUCUCUCUCUACAGCAACACCACGGUCAGCCCACAGCCUGCUGCCCCAGCUGCUGCUAUGUAUAUGGGCCAGCCUCCGAUGCAGCAGUUCCCCAGCCAGCCCUCCGGACAGCCUAACUUCCAGACUUACCCAGGAGUGGGCGGAGCUAUGCCACCCACAACCAUGACGGGCGGUGUUAUGCCCCAGGGAGGAGGAGCCAUGAUGGGGCAGAACUCUGGCAUGAUGGUCGGUAUGGCGAUGCCCAACGGCAGUUACAUGGGUAUGCAGCAAGGCAUGAUGGGGCCUCCGGGCGGAGCUAUGCCAGCGGGGGCGGGGACUCCCCAGAUGUACGCCGCCAUGCAGCAACAACAGCAGGGCCAGUGGAAUGUGAACCAGAUGACCCAGCAGAUAUCGGGCAUCGCCAUGAGUGGUGGUGUGGCAGCGCCACCCGGCUUUGUCCAACCAGGUGCUCCCAUGGGUGGGGGGGUGGGUCCACCCUCGGGCCAGACCCUCAGUACCCAGCUGUGGAAGUGAGGGAGGGGAGGGGGGAGAAUGGAAGAGGGAGGCAGAACAACCAUGUCCCCCCAAAUCUCCUCCUUUACCCUCACUCACCAACUGCAAAACAGGAAACAACGCACAUGGGGCAAUCUAUGGACUGCUCCACUGUUCUCCUCCUCCCCGUUUAUCAUUCCUUUAGAGACCCCUCUCUCCCUCUGUGUGCUGAGGGUCAAAGGGCAAGGGGGCGGAGUCUCGGGUGAAAACAGACUGGCAGCUUUGUGUUCAUCUUUUUACUUGGGACUUUUACGUUCUUCUUCUUUAGACCUUUUUUUUCUUUUGUUAAAAAAAAAACAUAUUGGCAAAAGAGAAAAGCUGCUGGACCAAUAAUACAAGCGUCUAAUAAUAAUAA